AGUAACAGAAUAAUACUACACACACUCAGCUCUAUCGUCCACUCUUUUGCUGUCAGUUUUGUCACACUGUUGCGAAGUCUCGGUCAAGAAAAGUGGAGCUUUCCAUAUAUUUAUAUCUAUUUUUCGGUUAGCAAACUUAAACCUACACAGAUGCCAACGAAGACGUCCGGCGCCGCUGUGCUGCACCGUGUGCGGGAGAAGAUGAAGGAGAGCAAGGUGGAUGCGCUCAUCGUCCUCAGCAGCGACGCCCACAACAGCGAGUACGUCGCGACGCACCUCCAAACGCGCACCUUUGUCUCCAACUUUGACGGCAGCGCCGGCACCGCCCUCAUUACGAUGGACAAGGCUCUGGUGUGGGCGGAUGGUCGUUACUGGAUCGCUGCGGCAGAGCAGCUCUACCCCGAGUUUGAGCUGAUGAAGCAGGGCAAGCUGGAGGUGCCGUCCAUCGAGGACUGGAUCGCCGAUAAUCUUGGUUCGACGGCGGCGAUUGGCCUGUGCCCUUCCCUCGUCACCGUGGCGGAAUGGGAGCGCAUGAGCAAGAAGGUGAACCUGCGCCCGGUGGCCAACAUCGUGCAGGAGCUGAUGCCGCCGGAGAGCAACAUUCAGAAGAUGUACGUGCGGCCUGCGGAGUACUGCGGUGCCACCUGCCAGGAGCGCCGUGCUGCCAUUCUGCAGGAAGUCAAGAAGCACCACUGCAGUAUGAUAAUCCUCUCCGCACUGGACGAGAUUGCGUGGUUCACCAACCUGCGCGGCGCGGAUGUGGACUACAACCCGGUGUUUUAUUCAUACGCUGUUAUCGACGAGGCGGAGGAGAAGGUGCGCCUUUACGUCAAUUUGGCGAAGGUGACGGACGAGGUGCGCGACACGUGCGCCGAUUACAUCGACUUUCUGCCCUAUGAGCAGUUUCAAGGCGAUCUGAAGAAGCUGCCGAAGGGCCGCAAGGCGCUUGUCGAUGAACGGCAAACAAGUGAGGCGGUGUACCGCAUCCUGCAAGAAGUCGGUGUGGAGACGGUGCGAGUGCUGUGCGGGCCGGCGCAGAAGCUGAAGGCGAUUAAGAACGAGGUCGAGCUGAAGGGCUUUCGCGAGUGCCACGUGCGCGACGGCGCCGCGCUGACCCGCUACCUCGCGUGGCUUCAUAAUGAGAUCGUCCACAAGGGUGUCACAGACCUGAACGAGUACGAUGCGGCCACCAAGUUGGAGAGCUUUCGGCGACUUGACAGCCGCUUCGUGCAGCUGAGCUUUGAGUCUAUAUCGUCGACGGGCCCCAACGCGGCCAUGUGCCACUACAGCCCCUCGGAGACGAAGUCCGCGCUUAUCCGCAAAGAUCAGCUUUACCUCAUCGACAGCGGGGCGCAGUACUGGGACGGCACGACGGACGUGACGCGCACCAUCAGCUUCGCGCCGCCCAGCGCGGAGGUGCGGGAGUCCUACACGCUGGUGCUGAAGGGCCACAUCGCUGUGAACAGCGCCGUGUUCCCGAAGGGGACGAACGGCGCCCGCCUCGAUACGCUGGCUCGCACAGCGCUGUGGAACGUCGGCCUCGACUACGCGCACGGCACCGGACACGGCGUCGGCUCCUUCUUGAACGUGCACGAAGGCCCUUUUGGCAUUGGCAUUCGACCCAACCCCACGGAGGAGAACAUGGAACUGCACUGCGUCGUGUCGAAUGAGCCGGGCUACUACAAGGAAGGCCACUACGGCAUCCGGAUUGAGAACCUGGAGGAGGUGGUGGAGUGUCCGACCAAGUGCAGCCCGACCGGCUUCUACACACUCUCCCACCUGACGAUGGCUCCCCUCUGCCGCGACUUGAUCGACGCUGGAGCCCUCACAGAGGCGGAGCGGCAGUGGGUGAACGACUACCACGCCAAGGUUGUGUCCGCCGUUACGCCGCACCUGCAGAAAGCCGACGACCAGUACGCGAUCGAGUACUUGAAGUACCACACGCAGCCUAUUUAG